AUGAUUCAGCUUCGUUUGAAUCAGCGAUUCCGGCAAUCAUGCGCUUUUGUGCUGGAAUUAAGAAAGAACCUUUUCCAUCGAAUUUUUAAUUUAGAUACUAAAAAUCAAGCUAACAAAGUCCGCGAUCGGAUCCCCACGAAAAAGCAGUACGACCGGCAACUUACCGAUGUCUAUCACAAAUUGCCGCCUGGGUUGCGCGCCGACACGCUGCACAUUUUUGGGCUGCCCUUGGAUGUGUUUUGCGAAGACAAGAAGCAGUCGCCGUCGAUGAUGUUUGUCAAGUCGUGUUUUCAGCAAUUUGGAAACAUCACCGCCGUCCACGUGCCCGGAUUUGAGCAGAUGAAAAAGCGGCGCGCGAUGGAAUUAUCGCAAAAAUCGAAGCUGGAGCAGUUGAACAAGGAAGUGGUCGGCGACGUGUUCCUCCGCUUCGAGACCUACCAGGGCUUCGUCAACGCCAUCGAGUCGUUCCGGAACAAGCGCUGGAGUCGUGUGCUGCCUGAUGGGAGCGAGCGGACGCUGGACGUCGAGGUGGACUUCGAUCGUUGCGGCCACCUGACCGAGGCGGCGAUCCACGAGCGACUCCAGGAGGUGAUCCGAGCCGAGCGGGAGGAGCAGGCCGAGAAGCAGCGCCUUAUCGAGGAGCAGCAACGGCGCAAGAAGGAAGAGCUUCGCCUUCUCCUGCUCAGCCGAAUCGAGGAGGAGAAAAAGGAGCUGCGCCAAUACCGCUCGCUGAAGAUGCUAUGCCAGGCCGAGCACAUCGUCGCCGGCGCGCUGAAGCGCGUCGUCGAGAAGCUCGAAGAGCCGGCCUCCGAGCCCGAGUCGCUGUCCGAGGAGUCCGAGCCGGAGCACGAGCCAGCGCCUGAGCCUGAGCCUGAGAGUGAGCCCGAGUCCGCGCCCAGCCCCCCGAAGCAGCGAACCAUCAGCCCGGUGUUCCAGAUUCAAAUCCGUGCCGAUUACAAGUUCCCGCGCGCCAAGAAA